CUGAGCUUUAUUCAUUCUUUGAGCUUCUUCCUCAUCUCCUCCUCCUCUCCUGCUUCCUGUUACAUAUAAUGGCAGACAAUAGGGAGAACACCUUCAACAUCACCCAUUUUUGUCUAGAAGUGGUGACUCUGAUAAUCUCUUUCCUCUCCUUACCCGAUGCCAUGAAUCUCUGCUCCCUCCAUCGGUCUUGGAGUAAUCUAUGGUCCCAUUGCAGGAUCAUAGACCUUAAUGAGAACACCUUCUCAGACGUCGAUGAAAUACACAGAGCUAUAGAUGAUGGGGACGAAGAGUUAGCUAUGCACCUUAAACAUAUCAGAAGGAGUUUGUUCAUAAAGCAUGUCAGAUGGGUUCUUCCUCACCUUCAGUCACAUUUUUUCUCCAAAUUCAGUCUUCGGAUUUGGUGUGAACCCGAGCACCAUGAACUUAUCGAAGACUGGAUUAGGUUUGCAACCGAGAGAAACGUGGAGGAGCUCAGUCUUGAUUUCUCCGACGAAGAUCCAUGUCCGAACAUCUUCAUAAGGAGGUUCACUAUGCCUAAAUUCUUCUACAGCUUUGGAGGAUCAAUAAAGUCUCUGAGCUUGAACUCUUGCUACCUAAGAGAACCUAAUUUCCAGACCUUUAUUUUACUUACAAAGGUGUCCUUCACUUCUAUUGAUGUUUCCAUGGUGGAUGUCUUAAAUCUAGUUACUAACUCUCCACUUCUAGAGGACUUGAGUCUAGUGCAGUGUUAUAAAAUCUUUUCUCUUGUACUUGGCUUUACCUGCCUGAAUCUCAAGAGGUUGGUUGUGAAAGAUUGUGGUCCUCUCUCCUUUGGAAUCUCACUUCAUGUCCCAAACUUACGAUAUUUUGAGUUUGCUGGAGGAUUGAUAAGUAUUGAUCUCACCCAAUUACAUAGCAUAGAAGAAGCUGUAUUGGAUUAUGGGGUGGAGACUGUAGACCAUUACAACACCCUAGGGAUGAAAUAUCUUAUAAGGGGCCUCAAGCAGGCCAGGAAGCUUAAACUGUGCAGUUAUGUGCACAAGGUUUUGCCUUCCAACUACUGCUGCUUUUAUUACCCAUCACUUCAAUUGAAAAAUCUUGUGCAUUUGACAUUGAAGACUUUUGUCCAAGGUUAUGAGCUACCAGGAAUAAUAUGUUUGCUUGCAUUGGUACCUAAUCUUAGAACUCUCUCCAUUAUGUCAGGAUACAUAAGGUCAAUGAAUGAUUUCUUUUGUUUCGACUUUCCAUCGAUGCCUGAUGGGUUUUGGAGACGACCAACAUGGCCUCUUAACUGUCUUGAGAUAAUCCAAAUGAUAGCAUUUUCUGCGCACGACUACGAAAUAGAACUCUUGAACUUCUUGUUGAGAAAUGGAUUAGUCUUACAAAAAGUAAUCAUCAAGCCAAAAGAAGCUUCUGACUUAAUUUUACAGGCUAUAUUAGGACUCCAAAAUGUUCCUAAAGCCUCAGAAACAGUACAGAUAGCAUAUGAGUUAAUAACCUAGAUUGUUUCCUUAAAUGAUAUGGUACUAUGUAAAAUGAACUACUCAAUAAUAUGAUAAAUUAAUGUCAAUCUUGGUCUCAAGUUUUCAUUGCUGUUCUAGAACA